AUGAGUAGGUGGAACUCCAGCAGUGUGACUGACUUCAUCCUCAUGGGGCUGACGGACUCUGCAGAGACACAGCUGGUCCUCUCCGGGCUCUUCCUCCUGAUUUACCUGGUCACGGUGCUGGGGAACGCGGGGAUGAUACUGAUCAUUCGCCUGGAUCCCCAGCUUCACACCCCCAUGUACUUUUUACUCACUCACCUGUCAUUUCUCGACCUCAGCUACUCAAGUGUCAUCACCCCUAAAACCUUACAGAGCUUACUGACUUCCACCAAGAGCAUCUCUUUCCUGGGCUGCUUCACUCAGAUAUUCUUUUUUGUAGUCUUUGGCACUGCUGAAUGUUUGCUUCUCUCCUCUAUGGCCUAUGAUCGCUAUGUAGCUAUCUGUAACCCUCUGCACUAUUCAGUCAUUAUGUCUACAAGACUGUGCCAUGCCCUGCUCGUUGGCUGCUAUGUUAUUGGCUUUCUGGAUGCCACUUUGGGUGCGGUUUCCCAUAGCAGACUGCACUUCUGCAAUUCUAAUGUCAUCCAGCAUUUUUUCUGUGAUGUAUCCCCAGUUUUAGCCCUGUCCUGCAGUGACACUUAUGAGGCUGAAAUCAUUGUAUACAUUUGUGCUGGCUCCAAUUUAAUGCUGUCCCUCAUCACCAUAUCUGGAUCCUAUCUGUCCAUUCUCUCUACUAUCCUGAAAAUUAAUUCCACUGCAGGAAAGAAAAAAGCCUUCUCCACCUGUACCUCCCAUCUCCUGGGAGUCACCAUCUUCUACAGCACUAUGAUGUUUACUUACCUAAAACCAAAGACGUCCUACUCCUUGGGAAGGGAUCAGGUGGCUUCUGUGUUUUACACGAUUGUGAGCCCCAUGCUGAACCCUCUCAUUUACAGUCUCAGAAACAAAGAGGUGAAGCACGCUGCCCUGAGAGCCCUGCAGAAGAUAGAGGGCCACAGGCAGUUAAAAUAA